ACCCUCCGUUUGUUUGUUGUUUGCUCCGUUGAUUUCCUUUAUUGCCCUCAUUAUUUGUUGCCAAGGUAACCAAAAGCACAGAACAAAAAAUACUCAGCACUUGCCUCAGCCGCAGGUUCAACACUGGAGACUCCAUUACCCAUAUCCCAUUGCUGUCGGCAUCCGUCCCUUGAGGAGGUAAUUAUAGCCAGGAUGCUGGUGACGACAGUUGCCCCCAUGGAGACUUCAAAUGAUGGAAUAAAUUUGAUCCGGGGUCCAAUGGCGCACCCCCGAGUAAACACUGGGGAGCGGUAUAAAGGCGCGGGUACCCCGUCUGGAACAGAAGUUGUUUACCCUUUAGUCCAACGCUCCUGACUUAACCUCGACAGACCGAGGAGUGACGAAGGACAAGGUGGCACUUUAAAAAAGAUUUACGUAACACGGCAGAGGACAGAGCAAGAGGGGAAGCACCGGAGAGAGGGGAUUUAACGAUCUGCCGCCUGGAGGAGCGGAUGUGUUGGAGAGGCCAGAGCGCACAGCAGCAAGUAGACAAGGCUGAGGAUUUAAAACAGGAGAGCAGAGGAAAAACGUGUUUGUAGGAUAAGUGUUUCAAGGUCAUCGACCCUUUCCGUCGCUCACUGCUAACCCCGCCGUGACCUCUGACUGAGCCGUCAAACAAGAGGAAAGGGGAAAUUGCCUUUCAAACAGGCCUCCGGACAUUUAGCAGCCUGCAUCAUGGCAGCCAUCGAUCUGGAGCGUGGGUUGGAGCACAGAGGCCAGGGCUGGGGACAGGAGAGGCCAGAGCUGAUGGACAACUUCGACUCUGAGAUGCAGGAGUGGGAGGACCAGCUGCAGGACAUUCAGAGAAAAAUCGAAGAGCUGUACAAUGACGUUCAGGCGCGCAGAGGAGCAAACGAUAUCACCGCUGACAAUCAGAAAAACGGAGGCGAGUUGGAGUAUGGCCUGGGUCACCAUAGUAAUGGACAUUUUGUGCCUGGUCAUCACAGCAACAACCACUCUGGAGCUCUGCCCGUGCCACAUCACUACAGCAACGGCUGUUACAACCCCAGUGGGUACAGCUACCCCGUGAGUCAUCAAAAUGGCUACGGCUACUGUCACGGCAACAGCGUCUCGGAGAUUGGAGACUUACUCCAGGAUUACUUGGGAGCGAGGAAGCAAAUGAAUCGCAAGAACAACGGAGAUCGCCACGUGCACUUCAGUGACACAGUCAAGGUGAGUCAGGACAUCCCUUCACACCAGGAUGACCUGAGGAGAAGAUAUCAAAAUGAGAGACUUGGUCUUGAGCAGUUUCUGGGCAGUUUUGAGUUGACUGAAAACAAGAAGAACCAAGUGUCACACACAAGGAGCUCCCCCAACAAAGAGAACACAGGUGCCAAGCCCCCGCUGGGACAAAGGGAUGCUCCAAGUGCACAGUCACGUUCCCAGCUCCCGGCUCCGACUGCCGAAUCUCCCGCUUUGGACAGGAAGUCCUUCAGUCCAGGCGUCCUUGGUGACAGAAUGUGCAACAGCCCCUCUGUUCUCAGGAAGUUUGGAGCCAUGCUGCAGGAAAAUGAGGGCAAAACGCUCACUGAAACAGGAGUGGUGACCCAUCAGGGGUUGGCCCCGGAGCCAAAGUGCCCCACCCCUAGCUGUCAGCGCAGAGCUGUAGGAGCUGCUGCAGUCGCCGGCAGGGCGCCCGUGCGUAUCUCUAGCAACAAGUGCCAAGCAGAUUGUGAUGUGAUGACAGCGGACUUAGAGCCCAGCCAAGAAUGGGGGUUAGUGGACCCUGGUAGACAGAACCACAAAGACCAGAGAGGAGGAUACAGUGGUUCUAAAGGGUCUCAGCCCAGUCCGCAGCAGUCCCACAGGCGAUCACAGGUGGCAGGGAGUCCAAAGAUUAGACCCAGGACGAACAGUGUUGCGGACAAAGAUGCAGGAAGGAAGACGGCACCCCAACAUGUGGAGCCCAAAAUGGACUACAGGGUGUCAAGUGCUUCCUCUGGAGCUCAGAAGAGUCAGAGGGGUGGGGUAGCAGGACAGGAGUUGCCAGGUUGUGGCCGAGUGAGGGAUGAAGGACUUAUUGAGCUGCUGGACAUGCUGGACAUCCAUCAUGAGUUCAGCUCCAGUCCCAAGACAGGUCACACAGCCUACAGACAGGAGCCACAGCUGGUAAAUCCAGCCGAGAUGUCCUCUAAGAGGAACUUCUCUCGUCCAGCACGGCCAGCCAACCAGCGCCCUCCCUCCAGAUGGGCCAGCCGCGCCCCAACUGCCAGAAUCAGCGCCCCAUCUGGCCCAAUGCAUCGUCCCCCAAGUCCCAUGACCAGAGCCCCGAGUCCGGCCUUGAAGCACCGACCUUUCAUGUCCUACUCUCUUCAGACUGAGACUGUCAUUAUGUGAUGUUCUCCCCAUCUCAGUAAAGCUUGAUCCCUUUCCCAGGGAAACGCCUCCCGUGGUUCCCAGCCAACACCCUCAUGUAAAUAUUAAGGACUGUUUUGGUAAAAUCAUUUCAGAGAGAGGUACAGAAGUGCUUCAUUUAAUCUUAAUGUCGUGUUCAAGACAAAAACACGUCGACUACAUUCUCCAGUGUUGCUGUGGCUUUUAGCUUCUUAACAUUAGCUGACAGUUCCCCCCCCCCUUAUCCACUUUUCUUCUUUUUUUUGUAUUUCAUUUCACUUUGUUUUCUGUACAGAGAGAGUUAGCAUGUGGCCCUAGUUUGAGGGUGCAUGUGUUCAAUGUUCAUGCUUGCCAUGUUGAAUCAUAUUCAACCAGUGGGAGUGGAUUCAUGUUCAACUGUGUGUCAGCAACGGCGUGUUUUAUUGUAUCAUAUUGUCAAAGUGAUAUAUUUAAAAUGUUUAAAUGACAGCUGUGACAGAUGACUAUGAUAUGCCUUUAAUGUAUUUUUUUUCUUGGUAAUAAAUAUGACAGUGCUUCAACAUAAAGACUCUUUUCUUUC